UUUCAGUUUGGAGGGACACGUCACCCCGUUGAAAUGUGUGAAAUGAAGGAAGUUCUUUUUUUCUCACACCCUGGAUUAGCGGCAGUGACAUUAAAUUGACAAGGGAUCCCGGUAGAGAGAAAAUUGAGGAUUUGGGAUUGAGCAAGCUUGUGUGACCCGGAAGAUGUUUUGGGCCUUGAGUGUAGGGCGGGGAUCUCCUUGGGCCAGUGUGAUGAGAGAUGUUCCAGGAUCUGAUCAAAACAAGGCCAUACAGGCCUUCUCAAAGAGUAUCCCAUGGUGUUAUUCCGUUUCAGCAUUUCUUCUCCUUGAUUGUGCCUUCAAACAUCUUGAGAUUGAAGCCCCUGUUGACCUUUUCUACGAGGCCUAUGGAUCCCUCUGCCCGCCUUUGUAUAGAGAAGCCUUCUGUCCAUGCUAAUUUUCCUGUUCCCCAUAUUCUCCAAAGACUGGAGGAAUCCCGGGCUCGACUUUUGAAUCCUGUCCAUCCUCCAGGAUUGUGGAAGGAUGUGGGUGAGGCAGAGAAACUUGGUUUGGUGCACACAGAGAGCUUGUGGGAAGGCCCAGCAGGAUCUACAGAGAGUGAUGAUGUUGCAGAAGCUGGACCCAUGUCCGAAAGAAACGAGAACCAGGAACAAAGCAGAUUAAUGAUAUCUCAAUUUCUGCAAAUCGGGGCUAAGAAGUCACUCUCGUAUUGUGCCUUCUCUCAGCCAAACUUGCUGCGGCUGGAAAAUCCCUUCCUGAGACAGCCCCCGUCAUCCAGCCUUACUUUUCCAGGGCUGGAAGAAUCCAGAGCUCGCUUGUUGCUCCCUGUUGUUCCAUCAGACCUCCCUCUGGAUUCUUCAAAGCUUUUGAAAGGUUUCUCACUCCAUCCCUGGCAGAAACUUUGUGCCACUGGCUUGCCACCAGAUUAUACAGUUUGGGAGGAGACUUCUGGAUCCUGCCAUGAACUGAAGGAACUCCAGGAAGACGAGGAUGAGAUGGACUCAUUCAACGGCAUCCCAGAAUACGUUCUUGCAAUGCCAGAGGAUGAGAUAGAACAGUCACGGGAGGAGGACGACGACACCCUGUUGGCUGAGAUACAGGAGGAGGAUGAAGGGUUAGCUGUGAAAGAGCAGAAGCUAAUGCUCUUGAGCUUGGUCUGCUGCUCACUGGUGGAAGGGGCAACAUUUGGGAAUCCUCCAGGGUUGCUGCAGCAGGAACUGAUGAAAAUAUGUAAGAGUUUAGCAGAAUGUGAACCUGAAUUCAUCCUCAAGGUCGCUCUAUACGCUCGCCAAGAACUGAACAUCCGCAGUACGGCUAAUUUCCUCCUGGCAUUGGCUUCCUACCUCGUGCCCUGCCGUCCACACCUGCGGCGCUAUUUCUGCCAUGCAGUGCAGCUCCCGUCAGACUGGAUGCAGGUGGCCAGGCUCUAUCAGAGCCUAGCAGGGGAAGAAGGAACUCUGGCUCCCGUGCCUGCCUGCCUCCGCGCUGGAAUGACUGAUAAGUUCCGGCAGUUUGAUGCCUAUCAGUUGGCCAAGUACAACACCCGCAGGAGCCGGGGCAAGAAACGUCAUAAGCCAAAGACUACAAAGCAGCCUAGAAGAGCUACCUCUUGGGAUAACUGGAAAAAUCACAGCCUAGGUCGGAACAUAGGCUUUGUAUCAAAAUGUGAAGCCUUGCAGAAAACAUUUCGAGAGAACUUGGAUUCAGUAAAAGAGAAAUCAGCUGCCAGAGAUUACUUCUCCCUGAAGAAUUUGAUCCACCGCCUUCACAUUUCUGAGCCAGCUCAGCACGUUAUGAGUCUCUUGGGACAGAGGUACCCCUCAGAUCUGCCCUCCUUUUCCCGAAGUCGGUUGCCAGGGCCUUGGGACCCGACUCUUGCAGGCACUCGCAUGAGACUGCCACUACCCCAGACUUGGGAACGAGAGCUGAGCUGCCAUGGGAACAAGGCAGCUGUCUGGGAAGAGCUGAUUGAUGCAGGGAAGUUGCCUUUCAUGGCGAUGCUACGGAACCUGCGCAACAUUUUGAGGUCUGGGGUGAGCGAGAGGCACCAUAAAUGUCUCUUAAAGCGCCUUGAGGAUAAGGACUCUGUCAUCCACAGCAGGCAGCUUCCUUUUCGGUUCCUUGCUGCAUACAAAGUCAUUUUGGAUCUGGAAAAAGAUCUUAAAGAAAAGGAGGAACCCUUCCCAAGUAACAUACAGAUCAUCAAAAAGAUCCUAAAGCAAAUGAAACUACCAGGGGAAUCUGGAAAACCCCGAUAUCUACGUAGCUGCAUGGAAGUCCCGCUAAUCUUCCAGAUGGUGAAGAAGGAGAAGAAGAAACUGCUUAAAUCCAGAGACCUCCACUACACCCACGACCUCCUGCAACGCUACUGUCAGGCUUUAGAGACAGCAGUUGGAUUAUCAGUUCAGAAUAACGUGCCCCCCAUUCCUGGACGAACUCUCAUCUUGAUCUCCUGCUGCUAUGCGAUGGGAAAACCUUGCGUUCAAGGCCGGAGUAUGUAUUGCCCCACUUCUGACCAGAAGGACUGCAGUGAACAGAAGAGGAAACCCAUAACGAUCCAAGACAUGGCCAUGUUGCUGGGCUCCAUGAUAUAUUCUGCCUGCGAACAGGCUAAGGUCUUCCUUUGCUACCGUGCAAAUAUCUUGGGGGCUAUUGCCAUGACUGGUUCUGUGCUGAAGGAUGUGCAAACCUUACAGGAUUUGAGCAAUUCAAUUUACGACGGUGAAUAUUGGUCACCAGCGGGGAUCAUCAUGGAUUUCCUGGCUCGGCGGGAACAUGUGGAUACGAUUCUCUUGCUAACCGGAGACAUUGAGGAGCUUGACAGCUCUUGUAUCCAGCUGUAUCGCCGCCACCUUGUCCCAGACGUCCUUUUCAUCAACAUCUGUGCUGACCCAACUUUUAGGGAGAAGAGAACUUUUAAAUCCAGAAAGGAAGUGGUAAUACAUGGUUACAGUGAGCAGAUGUUCAGGUGAGCCUC